AAUUAUGUGGUAAUUGAGGGAUGAAGGAGCGACCCCAACUGGCCUAAGGCGUCGGACUGCUGUGUCUCUCAUUAUAUGUAGCCCAGCCAACCAGGCGAUACGUGGAACAUCGUGGGGAUUUAGUCCGUAAGAGUCCGACGUAACCUCCGUGCCUCCCCAGGCGCAGUGGUAUCUAUGAAGGCAUUAUGAAGGAUUUCGGACGAAAAAGGGGCUCAAGGUGACGAUUCAACAGUGCAAAAAAAAAUCGUAGAGAUAAAAAACACGUGUUUCCUAUCAAUUACAAUUUAUGUCAUGUUUCGGCGUUGGUUUUAACAUUGAAAACGGAUGUGAAGCAGUUUAUUGGUAUGCGCGGGAGUGUUUAUAUCGUAGUGUUUGAAGCACAGCGCUACGGCAACCGCACACGCACGUUGAACGCCGGAUUUUGCCGGAAAAAAAAUUAACCGUUUUUGGUUUAAUUUUGGUUUGGUUACAACAAAAUGUUUUGGACUGUUGGGAUUAUUUUAAUUGGGCUUUCACUCGACUACUCACAUGCAGCCUGGCUCAGAUGUUAUAAAUCUUCCAUGAACGACUACACAUUUACGCCUCUAAACGACCCAGUGAGGCUCCUGCGUGACCCCUGCUUCGACCGUAAUCUCCGAACGCUCAUAUACACGUUCGGGUACAGAGGAAAAUGCAACGGCCCAGCCACCACGGCAGUUCUUACUGCCUAUAUAGGCACUAAGAAGAAGAACAUAAUCCUCCUGGAUUGGGAGGAGGAGGCCAAGAGUGGUGUUUUGGGCAUACCUCUUGGUUACGCACUGUUGGCAGUACCAAACGCUAAACGAAUCGGCCAAGAGUUAGGCGAGGCACUCUUAACUCUUUCACGAGCUGGUCUGAACAUGAGCGAAGUGCAACUCAUGGGACACUCGCUAGGCGCCCACGUGAUGGGCUACGCCGGCAGGUGGACCAGACAGAGGGGACAGGCUAUGUCCAGGAUCACUGGCUUGGAUCCAGCCAGGGCGUUCUUUGAAGGCAUGUUUUCCAUACAAUCCGGCUUGGACCGGACAUGUGCGAAGUUCGUGGACAUCAUCCACACCAACCCGGGGAAAUACGGCACCAGCAAGUCAACGGGAACUGUGGACUGGUGGCCCAACUACUCCAUUGAAGACGGCUUGCAACCCGGCUGCCCGAGUGGGAAGUUUGACAUGUUUACUCCUGAAGACCUCUGCAGUCACGAUCGUUCAUGGCGAUAUCUGGUAGAGUCCAUAAACUCUGGAACAGCGUUCCCGGCGACGCCGGCUGAAAACCACGACGCGUGGUUGUCUAUGCAACAACCACCUAGCACCAUCACGUACAUGGGGGAAUUGGCAAAUACACGGGCUCGGGGCAACUUUUUCUUCCGCACAAACGGCCAGCCUCCAUACAGCAUGGGCAGUAGAGGCAUGAUGCCGGACACCAACAGAUCGCCGCGAGGCUCUGCUUCUUCGCCGCUGUCUACGCUCCUCAAGUUUGUGAGGUGAUGACGAGUAGUUGGCACAUUCCACGACUGUAUAAAGUAUACACCUACCAUUGGACUUAAGAUGGUUCCCGAGGUAGCUGCACGAUACAGGAGGGGUCGGGCGACUUAUCUGCUUACCUUCCACGGCGCAGUUACUUCAGGAACCGUCUCACUUAAACAAUAAGCCUAGAUACAAUACAGGUGACGCCAAACUGCUUGAUCGCUGUGAAGUGAUCGAGAGUAGCGUAGCAUUUAAAGAACCUAUAAGCGGAGAG